AUGUCGACCUUCAACGGGAUCGUGGAAGUCGAUUACUUUCGCAAGAUCCCUGAUAGGCCAGCUCCGCUGGUUUGCUUCCUCAGCCAUGUUCAUAGCGACCAUCUGCAAGGCUUGGAGUCCUUGCGGUCACCCUUCAUAUACUGCUCAGCUGUGACAAGGGAGACCUCACUUGCGUCUCUCCAACCAUUCAGCCGCACUACACAUGUAGAUUCUUCUCCAGAGUUGAAUUUCUACCUGUUGCUAUUGCAAAUUGAGAGAUACCCUCAUCGCAUGAACUUUGCAAAAGGCAUUCUGGAGUCGAGGAAGCAGCACUACGGGCACUUGGCGAAGCUGCUGAGGCCGAUUCCGUUGAAUACUCCCACCGAUAUCGAGCUGACCCCUCGCCAACGGAUUCGAGUCACGCUGCUAGAUGCGAACCACUGCGCGGGCGCGGUGAUGUUCCUCAUCGAAGGCGACGGCAAGGCGAUUCUCUAUACGGGAGACAUUCGUGCCGAGUCCUGGUGGGUGAACAAAUUGGCCAGACACCCCGUCCUCAUCCCGUACACCUGCGGCUUUAAACGCCUCGAUACCAUCUAUCUUGACACAACCUUUGCCAUCAAGUCUCACAUCUACAAGACGUUUCCAUCCAAAGCUGAAGGAAUCAGGGAGCUCCUCGAAAAAGUCCAGGAUUAUCCGGACGACACCGUCUUUUAUCUGAGAGCGUGGACAUUUGGCUACGAAGACGUCUGGUUAGCGCUCUCAGCGGCGUUGAAUUCCAAGGUUCACGUCGAUAGAUACCAGCUAGGACUCUAUCAGUCCCUCUCGUCACGUUCUCACACAACGACCGGGUUUGACGACGCCCUCUUUCUCUGUGGCUUUCAACUGGGUAACAAGUUCAUUCCCGGCUGCUUGACCGCGGACGAGAGUGCGCGAAUCCACAGUUGCGAACCGGGAGAUUUUUGCUCGACCAUGGCCUCAGGAAACGCUGUCUUCAUCACACCGAUUGUCACCCGCACAGGCGACGGGUCGGAGGUGCCGGAAAUAGGCGCAGGCGGAGGGAAAGGCGAUCUGUAUCAGAGCCACGAGCUCGAAUUGCCGGACGAGUCGACAGUCCAGCAGCUCGAAAAACUGUGUCUGGAGCAGAUUCAGGACGAUAAAGUCCUAUCCCAGACCAAACAAGCCUUGGUUUCUGCCUUCAAAUCGAAGAACAAAACUCUGUCUCUGGAUCAGUAUGGACUGAAGGAUGACAGCGACAUAUCUCUCAAGGAAUUAGUAGCCAUCAUCAGCCACGGCCAGAAAGAUCGCGCUGAAGGAGGCACUCCUUUGACUGGGCUCCGGGACAAAGACGGCCGUGAACUUCCACGUACUAUUCAAUUCCCUUAUUCUCGUCACUCAUCUUACUCUGAGCUCUGCGAACUUGUCGCCGCUUUCAAGCCCAAAGACAUUUAUCCCUGCACUGUCGAUCCUGAGACGUGGAGUGAGGAGGUUUCUAUGAGAAGCCUUUUCGGACAUCUAUGCUCCGGGGAUGAUUUUUCGCAUGACAGAUGCAUGAGAGAGAUGCUUGAUCAGAACGAGUCGAGGCCCAGCAAGAGAGUGCGGCAUGCAAGCUCGUCUAUGACUUCGAGCCAACAGUCUAGCAUUUCAUAUAACACGGAUGAUGACAGCAGUGCUACUGGAGAUGGACUGGGUAGAGUCCAACAUGCGGACCCGGUGACCAGCAGCGCCGACAUUCUUCCCACUCAACAGGCUGUCUCUCACUCACAUUCGCAGGGCGAAGACGCCAUGGACAGAAUCCGCAGCGUCAGAGACUGUUUGGAAGAAAUGAAAGAUCAGAUGCUUUUCACCAAUGGACCCUUGCCCGCAUACAUGCGGGUAAAUCAUGAACAGGCGGGGCCAGAGAAGCAGCAACAUGCGAGGGAAGACCAGGAUAACAGUCAGGAAUCAAUGAUGUCCACAGAUCCUACCAGUCAGACCAGCUGCCCGGAAAGCCAGCUUUCAGUUCCCAUCUCGUUAUUUGAAUCGCAGAGUCAGGACGACAGCAACAAGAACCACGGCCAGCAUGAGCAACUCGAUAUCCCCAACACUGACAGGCCUAGCGAUCUCGAUGUCGAAAUAGCUCCCUCUAACAAUACCACCGCUAACAACAACAAUAGCAACGACCACAAUAAAAGUCCUACCUCCUCGUCCUCCUCGCUCAAAAACCGCCUACGGGCCUACCAUGCCGCUCGAGAAGGGACCUUUGACGCCUGGAGCGAAGUGGCUCUGGUAUCGGCGGGGAACAACCACACGGAGGAGGAGGUUGAGCUGUGA